CCGCUUUGCUGCAGCAUCUAGGGGUGCAGACUAAAGAGCGGGGCGCGGGAGGGGUGCCGUGUGAUGUGAGCGAGGCAGCGUCUCCUCUCCAGGUUGCACAGCUGAUGCAUUCGUGUUGCACGCACGUUGGCACUGCAGGACCCCCCCCCAACUCCUGUCUGCACAUCCCCAGGACGCGCCUAAAGUGUCUUUGCUUGCCCAGGUUGCUGGAGGCUCCGCGGAGGUUCGGCGGCCUGAAAGUCCCGCUCAGCCGACGUGCGCACCCCAGGGCGUUUUCCUGCUGUCUUUGCAUCGCAUCAGGACCUUCCUGAAGUUUUUUUUUAGUCCCAAAUCUUGACCGCCCAUUUUGCGGUGCGUGUCCCGGCCGCUGGCUGGCGCUCUGAAUUUUGCACUUACCACGUUGGAACUACGCCCAGCAGAGCUGUUUACAUACAUCAGACUGGAACUGAACUGAGGCCAGCGGUGCAUGGCCCAGAGGUGGGAAAGGUGAUGGACUGCUAACGUGGAAGACGUAGUGCUAAGGGGCACCCCCCAUGCUGCCCUGCUUUCAGCUGCUGCGCAUAGGGGAAGGCCGGGGCGGUGACCUCUACACCUUCCACCCCCCAACCGGGACCGGCUGCACCUAUCGCUUGGGCUGCAGGGCCGACCUGUGUGAUGUGGCUCUGCGGCCCCAGCAGGAGCCAGGCCUCAUCUCUGCGGUGCACGCAGAACUACAUGCUGAGCGCCGAGGGGACGAUUGGAGGGUCAGCCUGGAGGACCACAGCAGCCAAGGGACUUUGGUCAAUAAUGUCCGACUCCCAAGAGGCCACAGGCUGGAGUUAAGUGAUGGUGACCUCCUGACCUUUGGCCCUGAAGGGCCAGCAGAAACCAAUUCCUCUGAGUUCUACUUCAUGUUCCAACAAGUCCGGGUCAAACCUCAGGACUUUGCAGCCAUUACUGUUCCUCGGUCUAGGGGAGAAGCUGGGGCUGGCUUCCAGCCCAUGCUGCCCUCCCAGGGGGCACCCCAGCGACCACUCAGCACCCUGUCCCCUGCUCCCAAGGCCACACUGAUCCUCAAUUCCAUCGGCAGCCUCAGCAAGCUGAGGCCCCAGCCCCUCACCUUCUCCCGUGGUGGAAGCAGGCCACAGAGCCUGCCUGUUCCCACCCCAGCAGAGGAAGUAGGAGCUGCACCCACCCCACCCCCAAGAAACCGGAGGAAGUCUGCUCACAGAGUGUUGGCAGAACUGGAUGAUGAGAGUGAGGCUCCUGCGGACCCCCUGUCAGUCCUCACGGAGCCCAGGAAGAAGCUCCGGGUGGAGGAAACUCCUCUGGUGUCCAGUGGGAGUGAAUGACCACAGGGAAAGGGCCAUUGCUGUGGACUCAGGGCCAGAGCACUCGUGACUCAGAUGACAGAAGACAGCUUCUUGCCAAAAUGCUGCUGCCUCCAUCAAAUUACCAGUGAGCCUUGUUGCCAUGGAUACCAGAGUAUCUGUGGUCCUAUCUUUAGAUGUAAGGAGUGCUUGAUGUCUCUACUUUUGCUGAAGCCAGUGUGCUAAGCAAGUGUUCUGCCACUGACCUACAUGCCCCACCCCCCACCCCAUUAAUGGUCUUAAAUGACCUCAGCUAAGGCAUCCCAGGGCAGAGACCCCAAACUUCCUAAUACCAUGGCUAGGCCUGCCCAUUGCCCAUGAACUCACUGAUCUGGCUUUUGGGAGCUUUGCUUUUUAUUUCCAAAUAAAGAAUUGUUCCCCCA